UUUGUGGAAGAUUCACAGAUAGGACAAGUGCUAGCAGUGGAUCCACAAGAAGUACAGAGACAGAGAUGCCUACAGGGCAGGAUGAGUACCCUCGAUUCCUCCUUCUUAUAUUUGGUAGCUUCAGCUUGAUUUUAGAUUGUCUAUACUGUUUUUUUUGCUGGUUUAGUGCUGUCGUUUAUGGGGAAUCACCAGAUUAUGCCGAGAAGCGCAGUAGGUUAUGGCUCGACAAAAAUGUGCUUAAUAUGGUAUCAAAAGAUACUGUAAGAACUUCAUGCUUGGUUUUUGUUUUUAAAUUUAAUCCAACGUCAAAUGAUGCAAGAUAAACAUUGGCGAAUCAGUUGUUAGCAUCAAUUUGUUAUCUUUAUUUAACUCAGUAAGUAUGAAAAUUAGCUAUAUAUCUCCAAAAAAAUACAAUAAAAAAUAGCCUGAUUGUGAAUCGUUUAGUGUUACUUGCUUCCUUAUGAGCUCCAAACCUCAUAAUUGCAUUCAGUUAUGCUCCUAGAAUUUUUACUGCCUUUUACUUCUGCUAUGCAUUUUAUUUCACAGGGAACGUAGCUGUUACGGGACUGAAUUUGAAGUUGCCCAUGAUGGAUACAACAACUGAUUUCAAAACCAAAGCAUUUGAGAAGAUGAAGAGACUGAGAUUGCUUCAACUUGCUGGCAUACAAUUUGAUGGUGAUUAUAAAUAUCUCUUAGAAGAUCUUAGAUCGCUUUGCUGGGAUGGAUUUCCUUCAAUAUAUACACCUGCAGACCUUCAAGUUUUUGAGUUAAUGAACCACUUGAAUGGUUAAUUAUUCCUUAACAGAAAUAUUUUCACUUUGAAUUUUCCUUGCAAAAUUUGAUGUUACAUUUUUGUUAUGGUUUGAUAAUUAGUAAGUGCCAAACUUAAUCUAAGUUAAGGUUUAAUUAUGAAGGUUUCACAAUUACAUUUGUAGCACAGGAAAGACAAACUGCAAUGAAGUCCUGUCCAGGAGCAGUUUACUGAAGGCCUACAAUGAAUGGCUGCUUACUUUGCAUACCUUAGUUACAGUGGUUAAGUGUUGGAAGAUGAAAGCUAUAAGAACAUACUCCAAGACACCAAUGGGAAUCACAUGGAGACUUUUGCUAUGGGAAGCUGUAGCACCAACAAAAGCACCACUCCCAAGUCCCUUUCCACAUCCUGGACUCAGAGCUAUGUUGUCCGGAACACCAAUCAAUAUGCUCUUGCUAUGAACAACCAGGUGGAGGACAGUGGAUACUUGUUUGAAGCAAAAACGAUAAAAAGAAUGGAAAUUUUGGUCCUUUCCACUCUUGGGUGGAAGAUGAAUCCUGUAACACCUCUCUCAUUUCUUGAUUAUAUCACAAGGAGACUUGGGGUUAAAGGGUAAUGUUUGUUAGGAGUUUCUCAGGACUCGGGAGGUGUGAAGCUGUUCUUCUCUCUGUCUUUGCAGAAAACCAUCAGGUUGGAUUACUGAGGAUAAGUCAAAUGGCCAUUGUAAGGUAAUUUGGGUGGAGCACUUAGAAUGCCAGAAGAGCACAGUUCAUACCAUGUAUCGAGCCAUUGUAAACAGUGGUCUAGCCUUUGGGCCAAGGCACUGGAUUACAACAUUGAAAAAUUAAAGAAUUCAAGCUGAAUUUACAGGUGAAUCCAGUUUCAGGGGGAUUGAGAGAAAAAAAGGAUGGAGCCCCAUACAGUACAAAGCAUUAACAUAGCCUGUAACCUUCCGAAGGAAGGUAUUAAAAAUUCAAUGGAUACUGAGUCAACUGAAGCAGAUGAAAGAAAAAAUGCCAAAGAAUAUUCUUCUUAUUCUGAUGAAAUGAAGGCACUAUCUGCUUCUGUCAUAAACAAAGAGUUUAGUUCAAAAAAUUUGAGAAAUUCUUUGGCUGGAACACAAGUUGGAUUUUUGAAGAAAAAACUUCUUGUUCUUGAUAUAAAGGGGGUGCUGAUGGAUAUAGUUUCUCCCCCUCCAAAGGAUUAUAGAGCAGAUGCAACCAUUGCGAGGCAAGCAAAUAUUAAUCCCUUCUCAGAGUCAGAAACAAGUUCUUCAAGAGAACCCAUUGUGGAUUUCGAGUCUCAAGAUAAGUCAAAACCUGGUUCUCAGUGGCAUGCAUUUCUUCAAUUGUUGAGGACCAAAUCAAAGAAGCUCUUAGCCAAAUUGCAUCCUCUCAGUGUCCUCAAGCUCUCAAGAAGAAUGAGCAGUAUCAUGAGGGAGACUAUACUUCCAAGUUGUAGAAUAGAUGCAGAUUCGUCCUUGCACAUGUCACCGUGGAAGAUCUUCACUCAGCAUGAGAUACAAAUUGCAACUAAUUAUUAUUUGACUGUAGGCAUUGCCAUAAUGAAGCUAAGAACUCUGAGGAGAUUAAUCCUAUGGAUCGCCAUGAUAUCCCACGCCAUGAAAUUAAAAAGGUGACAAGUCUAUGAUCAAGAGGAGAUACGUGUACUUAAGAGGAGAUCUUAAAAGAGAACCCCGAUGUUUGCACUUAUAUGGCACCUUCUUUGGAUGCAACGCAAGAUAUGAUGGUGAUAGAGGUACCAAGACUAGGAAAAGAUGCUGCAACCAAGGCCAUAAAAGAAUGGGGCUAGCCAAAGUCCAAGAUUUCCAUGGAGUUGUUGCUAUUAAUUUUGGAGGAAAUAGUCUCUUGGUUUUUUUGUUUGUAUUCUAUUCUUUUUUUUUCACCCCUUUUCUGCAUUGGCAGAAGGAUAACGUGCUUUUAAGUUUUGCCAAAUAAUAUUUUCUUUCAAGUUUUGAGAAUAGUUGUCGAAUGAAAUUUGGAUUAAUAAGUAUUACACAAGUAUCA